AUGUCCCAAACGGGGAUUGGUGAAGAGGGAUCGGCACCCAGCAGCAAGGCCCUCGCCCAGCCGGCAGUGUCAAACGGAUUUUCUGCACAACAUUGGUAUUCUUUUCCUUCUUCUCCCCGCUGUGGAAAGGGGAAGAACAUGGAAGCCAAAAUUCUCAAAACUGAUGCGAGAUUUCACCAGGCAAGGAUCCCCCACCGCUUGUUGAACCCGGUUCAGGGUCCCAGGGGCUCGAUCCAGGAACUCAAUCCAGCGGAGAGGAGAGAGACGGAAUCUAUGGGUUGCAGACCUGGAUUGCAUUCUGCGGUCGCAGACCGAUUCAAGUCCAGGGACACCUCGACCUCUAGUGUCAUGUUGCGCCAACAGCGGCAUACACUAGUUAUUCGAGGAAAAGGGAAAACAGGCAAAAACCAUGAACCCCACCAAAUCCCAACUCCCCCUUCCCACCUCCCCUCCUCUCCUCAGCGCGGGGCACCCCCUUCGAGCGGGCCGUAUGGCAGCUCACCUACCAGAUCCCCGCGGGCUCCUUCAGCACGUACGCGCUGCUGGCAGCCCAUCUCAAAUCCUCGCCGCGCGCCGUCGGGCAACGCCCUGCGGCGCAACCCCUUUGCGCCCGAGAUCCCCUGCCACCGCGUCAUCGCCACGGGCGGCACACUAGGCGGGUUCAAGGGCAAGAUUGGGCGGCGCGACGGCGAGGGCAUCACGCUGGCCGAGAAGCGGAUGCUGCUCCGGCGGGAGGGCGUCAAGUUGGAGGGGGACGGGGAGAAGCUGAGGGUGUUGGGGACUGCGUUUAGGGGGUUCGUCUGA